AAACAUGUCAAUUUGAUGGAUCAAACCAAUUUGUUGAAAUGUUUAUACAGGCGUAUUCUUAUCUGGUAAUUGCAUCGACAUGAAAAUAAAUAUCAUUCAAACGGACUGACCAGAUUUACGAGCGUGCUUCUAGUGUCAACAAACUAAUGAGUUCUGGCCGUACUGACGUAAACAUAAAGCAUGAAUUAUUGCCAACAAUACAUAUACAUCAAUUAUGCGACACUGUUGAGCACAAUUCUCAUCAUGGAUAUCUGUAUGUUGCUUUGCCUAUAAGGUCACUUUGGAAAGCCUCCAGAGCAAGUUCGAUAUUUGGAACAAGGAGGCUACUUCCGCUUCUACAAUGUGUGCUCGGAGCUGGACUCGCCGGGGGAAUAUUACAUGGACAGGAGCUCUAUUAAUCUCUAUGUGUGGAUGCCAACUGAAGACGGUAACAUCAGUUCCUCAGACAUCACUUAUGUCUCCCUCCUCGACGACUGUAUCCAUGUACCUCAAAAUGUCCACGACAUCACCUUUUCCGACUUCACCCUUGAAGCCUGUCGAGGUAAUGGUAUCUACGGGAAUAACGUUCACCACGUCCAAAUACAAAACCUAGAGAUAAGAAACACAGGUUUAGCAGGUGCUCGGCUCAAUGGAGACACUCGUGACGUCACGAUCUCACAGUGUAUGAUUCAUGACGUAGGAGGUGGCAUUAAGCUAGCCGGCGGUAAGCGCGGGCUUCUUGAGUCGUCUGGAGCAGUAAUCGAAAACAAUGAGAUUUACGACUUCUCCCGCCUUGGUGCCGUUAAUUACCACGCGAUUUCUGUUUACAGUGUGGGUCACUUGGUCAGGCACAACACGAUCUAUAACGGGCAGUACACUGGGAUCUGGUUUAUGGGCAAUGACAUAGUUAUGGAAUACAACCACGUUCACCACACGUGCAUGAACGCAUCCGACUGUGGGGCUCUGCACACAGGCAGAGAUUGGACAACGCGCGGGAAUAUAAUCCGUUACAACCUCGUGACGGAAACACUUAGACUGGUCCCUGGAGCUGAUGUUCGGGGUGUCAUGCUGGAUGACCAGUCUUCAAGUACCACCAUUGUGAACAACGUAUUCUACAAUAAUGAGGUCCAUGUGAACAUAGGUGGCGGGCGGGACAAUAUUGUAUCCAACAAUGUGUUUUAUGGCUCGACACGAUACAGUAUGCAGGUAGACGGAAGAGGCGUUGGCCAUGACCACGAUGGAGAUCUUAAGCAUAAUCUACACGCGCGGAUACAUUUCGAUGUUAUGGUUUAAUGAUGCUUCGCUUUGAUUUUGGGAAUGAUUUUAGGAAUAUGUUUAUGUUUAUAUAUUAAUACCCCCCCCCCCCCACACACACACACACUUGAAAUCGAAUGGAUGGCCAACAAACGAAUGUGCGUACAUCGAAUAGCUGUUAUCAUUAUAAAGAUGCUUCAUGUUGAACGAUCCGACAUUGUGUAUGAUUUAAUAAAACGCUGAGAUGGAAGGCUUUGUUAUAUACCUAUUGGAGUGUCAUAUUUCAGCAAAUGCCGUACACUUCCGCCCUCUGGACGAUGCGAUACCCGGAACUAGCCAUUAUACAACAGCGUAACAAAAGCAUCCCCGAAGGUUACGAUCUGUUUUUGUAUACCGUAACCAAAUACACAAGAAUGUUGUGUAUACUACUGGAACGGCCGGAUAUAUACCUACUAAGAGAGGAUGGUUGGACAACGUUGAACUGUUAUCGUGACGGACACGAUAUUUGUAAGCAAGACCACAUAUAUUAUUACCACAAUAUAGGCAUGUGUUUCUGUGUAUUCCAAGACCACAUACUUUAUUACCACAAUAUAGCCAUGUGUUUCUGUGUAUACGCGUGAGACCUUUAUAGAAUUGUCAUGCUCAUGCAUGCUAGGAAAUAUAUGUGUUUAUUCAAUAUCAAAUAAAAUAAUCCAAUGGGUA